AUGUAGACCCAAGUUCGAAUUCUUCAAACAUUGAACUCGGCACAAAAUCCCAUCCUUUUAAAUCCAUAGAUGAUCCCUUUAGAGAGAUUUUUAACUAUGGAGCCGAAUUAAAUGAAACCUUAUUUUGAUGAAUUCUAAUAGAUUUAGCAACAAAACUUGACAGAAAUAAGAAUUGUGCAGGGAGGCUACAAUAGAAAACCAAGUAACUUCAAUCCAACUAUCAAAAAUUCUCACUGGCUAAGUUAACCUUAUAAUUUGGAGAAAAGAAUCUCUGAGGGAAUUCUUUAAUAAUCAGCCAAAACAUCAACUAAAUAUAAAUUUGUGACUUAUAACGCAGGUCUUGUUGUUGAAGGUUUUAACUUUACAGAAUAUAGUUUCGUUGAUUCUACUACUAAUUCUCUUUUCUUCCCAACAUUUGGCGCUUAUAGAUGGAUUAACAUUACAAACUGCUAUUUUCAGCUCGAAUAACAAUUAGUUAUGACUCUUGAAGGAGGAAACAUUAAGAUAGAAAAUUCCACAAUCAAUGUGAUUACUUAAAACAGAAUAGUAAUAUACACAUCAAUGUCAGUUUGUUCUCUUUAUGAUAACUACGGAAUUGCAAAUAAUUAGAUCUGGAACAAUAACAUAUUCACUGGUUUAAAUAUUGGAGGCUAUACAGCUCUAAUUUAUACAUAGAACCAUUGCAAUUUCACUCUAAUUAACAACAGAUUUAUUGAUGUUCCUGGUUUGUUUGUAGUACAGAAGUUAAACAUGCAAAAUCUAAAACUAAUUUUUGCGAAUAACUAUUUUCAGGAAAUUCAAAAUGAUGUAGUGGAAACACCUGUCAUAACUCUGAAUGUACCGAACGUCAUCUUCAAAAAUAAUACAAUAAAGAAGUCUGUUGUACCUACAUUCAUAAGCCUAAUGGCUCAGAAUGCAAUAAUAACAAUAUUGAAUUCAAAUAAUGUAGACUUAUAUGAUAUCUAAGGGUUUAAUCUCAUUUUUAAGAGCAGCAAAUUUAUUAGUUGCACCUCGUCUACCAAUAUUAUGCUGAAAAACGUCGAUUUGAAAGACUCUAUUGCUAAUGAAAAUCAUAUAUUUUAUUUUUCCCAGACUAAAGAUGUUUUUUUCAAGAAUGUAACCAUAGCAAAUUUAACAAAUAAAAAUCCAGAACUGCUUGAGCCUUGGAAAUAAGGUGGCAGCAAAAUGACAUAUAAUUUUAGCGACUGGUCUCUGUUGAAUUCAACUUAUCAAUUAAUUUCGAUUGAGGCAAUCUUAGCUGAUAAAUACGAUCAAGAAGAGAUGAUAUUAUCAUUUGAGAAUAUCUAUUUGGAAAAUAUUAAACUUGGUGGAAAACAGUCAAUGUUAUAAACGUCUUCAUUCGUCUAUGAAUAGCUUGAGAUUAAUUUUAAAAACAGUGCGAUAAAAAACUGUCUGAUUGAUAUUGGAUCAUAUUUUGAGCACUUACACUCGGCAAAGGCAUUUAAUAUUUAGAAUCUAAGCUUUAUUGAGAAUUAAGGGCAAUUCAUGUCAAUGAAACCUUCACUAUCAGAUGAUUAUAGUUAACCUUAAAGAGUCUAUAUAGAAAAUUCAAACUUUUUAGCCAAUUACGCAGGUCAGACAGGAUUAAUAUAUCAUACUAAAAAUACAAACCUAGCAAUAUCUAGAUGUAGUUUCACUGAUAACUAUUCUAUUGGAAGAGGAUCAUUGGGGGUAUUUUAUACUCUUAAAAUCUUGGCUCGAUGGAGCUAGACUAAUGUAAUAUUACCUAGAAUUAUGGCCUAAAGGCUGGAUUAAUAUUUGACAUUAAUUCUUAAACUCCAAUCAAUAUCAAGGGAGGAAAUAUUCGAUUCGUAUCUAUUCAAGCAUUUCUCAACCUCAGUUGUCAGAAUUAAGAGUCUAAACUAUUUGAGCAAUAAUGGGUCAUUUCUCAGUAUACAGGAUUCUAUCGUCUUUAUGAAUGAUUCAAGUAUAGAGAACUCAAAGCAUAGUAGUAUAAAUAAUCCAAUGAAUUAAAUACUAAGAUCCUAAGUAUUGCUUAAAAAUUGCCUGAUUAAUAACAUCUUGCCAACCACAACAAAUAAAGCAAUCUUCUAUUCCUUUUAAAGUGAAAUAAUACUUGAAAAUUUUACAGCAGGUCAUUUUAACUAGAAUCUGCUUUAAGUAGAAUAAUCGUCAAUAAAAAUUAAUAAUUCUAGAUUCGAGAAUGCUACACUAGGUUACGAUGAAUUAGGCUUAGCUUUAAUUUUAUAUUAAAGUGAUGCAACGAUUUAAAACUCAAUGUUUAGAAAUCUACAUGCCUAAACUGGUUCUGCUAUAUAUUCUCACGAUAAAUAUUCCUCGACUAACUAGAAAAUGCUAAUGCUAUCAAAGUGCAUAUUUAUGUAAAACUUGGCAUUAAUCUAAGGUGGAUCUGUUUUUAUAUAAGACAUAGAUGCAUUAAUUGAAAAUAAUACCUUCGAAAGUAAUUUGGCUUAGCAGCAUGAUGGAGGAGCACUUAAUCUACAGUGCUCGACAUAUAGACCUCAAAGAGGUGCAAUAUACUACAAUUUAUACUCACCAAGUGGACUGAUGACAAACUCGUUUAAUGGCAACUAAGCAUUAUACGGAAACGAUUAUGGCUCAUAUCCGUUUAAGCUAAGUUUGAUAUAAUCUGCAUAGAUAUCUACUUAAAUGAUCAAAAGUAAUAAGAUAGAUUAAGACUUGGUUAGUGGAUAAAAACUAAACUAGACAGUUUAUAUUGGAAUAUUUGAUUAAAAUGACUAACUUGUGAAUAUAAAUAGUGAUUCAGAAGCACUUAUUACGAGUAAUGAUUUGAAAGUCUAACUUUCACUUAAUAAUAAGAUUGCUUCAAUCAAUGGAAUUUUCACAUUUCCCGAUUUAAUGAUAGUAGGAAAGCCAAACUAUCAAACAACCUUAAGGAUAUUGUCUUCUUCAAUCGAUUAGGAAUAGUAUCAGCUUGUCUCUAGUUCAGCUUAUUAAGAUCUUGUUAUUGAUGUGAAUUUCAGAUCUUGUAUCUCAGGGGAAAUAUCACAAAAUAGUAAGUGUAUUGAAUGUCCAAAAGGCUCUUAUUCCUUCAAUCCUGGAAAUCUAUAUUGUGAUAAAUGCUUUUAAAAUGGAAUUUGCCUUGGGGAGGAAAAUAUUCUUAAUGUUAAGAAGGCUAUGAAGGAAGACUUUGUCAAAUAUGUACUCGAGAUAUAAAUGGAAAAUUUUACGCAAAUUUUAAUAAGAAUACUGACAAAUUAUUUCCAUGCAACAUUGAUUGUUAAAGAAUUUGAUCUGAACUGGCCAUCAUAAGUGGAAUAAGCUCUAAAUUCAUUUUCAUUCCUUAGUAGCCAAUAAUAGAGCAUAUUUUCAUUUGAUUGCUUCUACUAAAAUACCCAAGAAUUAGGCAUGCCUAUAUUCUUCUUUAAAGUAUUAAUGUUUGGCUUAUUACCUAUCAUGUUGAGUCUCAUAAGUUCUAUGCUUUGGAUAGGCCUAUAUACCUAUAAAAAGUAUCUGUACGGGAAGGCUUUCAACUUAAAGUAGUACAUUACAGUUACAGCCUUUAUUUUUAUCUAUUUAUGCUAUCCAAUUAUAACCAAUCAGACAUUUGCCUUAUUCAGUUGUCUUUCUAUGGAUGAUUAAUAAGCUUAUUUGAAAUCAGACUAUAGCAUAAAAUGCUGGGUUGGGCAGCAUCAGACCAUGGCACUUUACAUAGGAUUAACUUACAUCAUAUUCUGGACUAUCAGUUUCCCACUGUAUGUUUUGUACUAACUAAAGAAACAUCACAAAAGCCUUAAUGAUAAAAAUUUAGUUGUCAAGUACGGUCUAUUUUUUGUUGGUCUUAAUGAUAAUGCAUUUUACUGGGAAAUUUUGAUAGUAAAUGCUAGGAAAAUUAUCUUUAUUCUGUGUGGCACAUUACUAUCAUCGAUUGUUUCAGAGGUUAAGGCUCUUAUUGGUAUCGCUGUAUUAAUAUCACAAGUUUAACUUAUUCAUUAUCAAAUGCCUUACAUCGACCCAAGAUUUAAUGAAGUCGAGAAACAGUCUAUAUUUGCUGCAACACUUACCCUAUAUGGUGGCAUGUUUUUCCUCCAGAGUGAAGUUUAGAUAAACAAUGAUGCACUUCUUUUCCUAUUUAUGGUUAUUCUAUUUUACAACAUUUUCUUCUUGGUCAAAUGGACUCACAGAUUCUUCUCUAUACUCUUGAGAAUUCACUAUGCAAAGUUAAUAAAAUUCUCAUGCUUUAAAUUCCUCAAGAACUUAAAAGUAAAAGACUACUAAGUUGAUUUGCAGGAAACUAUAUAAAAAGCAACAUACAUUGUUUCCCCUCGUAGAAAAGGAAAGUAUGCUCAUAUAAACAAUGAAUCCUUCGUCAGUCAAAGAUCAAAUUACAAUUCGAUCCCAAACCAAUAUGAAUAAAGUUUCACAAAUAGAGCAGUUUACUUAAUUCAGUCGCCAGUGGCAUUACUAACAAACAGAAGAAAAAGCAAGCUUAGUAUGGGUAGCUUUGCUCCAUCUAGUAGCAGGUUAAACACUCCAAAUACUCCAAUUAACAUCAGCAAUAAGAUAACUAACACUAAUAUCCAUGAUGGCACUGUUGAUCAAAACUUCUAAAAUUAUCAGAACAACAUGCUAUCGCCUAUGACAAUAAAUUAUAAAUACAAUCAGAGCAAGUUUAAAACACCCACUAAUAAUCACAAGCAUUCUGAUUUUAGAAAGAAAGACAAUCAGAGCUUCUAAAACAUGAGUCAGGCAUAGAUAUCUCCUAUGUUUAAGCCAGUAGUAGACAUCUCCUCUCAGCUCUGGAAGCAUAAUGAUGUUAUGAUUAUGGAGGAGUUCACUCUGAAUAAUUAUGAUUCGAAUGAUAAACCUAUCAGCAUGGCGUAUCAAUCUGCUGAUAGAUCAACCAACCAUCUUCGAAGCAUCUCUAAAGACUAUAAGACUAUUAAGAAAGAUCAAUAAGUGGUAAAAGAUGUGACAGUGGGUCCAUUUUAAGAAUUCGUGAAGAAGAGAUCUACUAUAGGCAAGGAUAAAGUCAUGAAAUUUGAGGAGAUCAAAUCAGAGGAGGAAGAAGAAAUUGAUAAGUUCUAGGAUACCCAGUGA